ACCCAACGACUAGAGGAUUUUGGCUUGUGCUCCGCCACGCCAAAGUCGGGGCCUUUUAUAAUUUCUCUGGGAUUAUUCGAUUUUUCAUCGCAUAAUGGCAGAUAAUAAACUUUACGAAGUACUCCGAGUGCCACGAACUGCCGGCGACGCAGAAAUCAAAAAGUCCUAUAGAAAACUUGCAAAGGAGUUUCAUCCCGACAAAAAUCCGGAAGCUGGUGAUAAAUUUAAAGAAAUUUCAUUUGCUUAUGAAGUCUUAUCCGACCCUAAGAAACGCCAAAUUUAUGAUAAACAUGGAAUAAAAGGUGUACAAGAAGGAGCCAGUGAUGGAUUUCCCUCAGAUGACAUAUUUUCCCAGCUUUUUGGUGGCGGAGCCAGUGGUUUGUUCGGUGGACUGGGAGGUUUCGGCGGUGGUAUGGGUGGCAGGCGAAAAUCCCGUCGUGGUGAAGACACUGUUCAUCCGCUCAAGGUAACUCUGGAAGACAUGUACAAUGGAAAAACUGCAAAGCUGCAGCUCAGCAAAAAUGUGCUCUGUGCCGCUUGUGCUGGGAUUGGUGGAGCUGAAGGUGCUGUAACCACAUGCAAGCAAUGCCGCGGUUAUGGUUACAAAGUUUCAUACAGGCAGUUGGCACCAGGUAUGGCGCAGCAGAUUCAAGAGAAAUGCACUCAUUGUCAAACUACUGGUGAAAUAAUCAAUGAGAAAGAUAGAUGUACAACAUGUGAAGGCAAAAAAGUUGUCAAUCAAACUAAAAUCUUAGAAGUCCACGUUGACAAAGGAAUGCGGGAGUCGCAGAAAAUUCUCUUCAGAGGUGAAGGGGAUCAAAUGCCAGAAGUACAGCCUGGCGAUGUUGUUAUUGUAUUGCAACAGAAACCUCAUCCAACCUUUGAAAGAUCUGGGGAUGAUUUGAUUAUGACUAAAAGCAUCGGACUAGCUGAAGCUCUCUGUGGAGCAAGUUUUGUAGUGCGUCAUUUAGAUGGACGAAAUUUGCUCAUUAAACAUCCUGCUGGUCAUGUGAUUCGUCCUGGUGAUGUGAAAGGAGUUGUCGGUGAAGGGAUGCCACAGUACAGGAAUCCUUUCGAAAAAGGGAAUCUUUACAUAAAUUUUGAAGUAACUUUCCCUAAAAAUCACUUUUGUUCCGAAAAAGUGCUCAUGGAUUUAAAAACAACGCUUGGACCAAACAUUCCACCCACCGUGGUGCCGCGUGAUGCCGAGGAAGUGGAUCUGCAAGAAUAUGAUCCGACGCAUCGUGAUUCGUCAGGACGAUCGGCAGAAGCGUACGCGUCAGACGAAGAUGAGAUGCAUCAACAUUCCGGCGUGCAAUGUGCACAUCAAUAAAAUUUAUAACUAAUUAUCUCCACCAGUUCUUAAAGAAUAAUAAAAUGAUUGAGUAGCUAAUCACUCGACAAGUAACAAGUCGUCAACAAAGAGGGUGGUCACCAAAGUCCUCGGACAUUUUUAAUACCGUCAAGUAUCGUUCAUUUAAAGAGGAGUAAUUAAAUGGUUGAGAAUUAGUACAAUUUACAAUCCUAAAUCAACGAAAAGACAAAAAUGUCAUAAAUUGUCUAUACCGUUGAUUGCCACUCGUGAAUAAGCAAUUUCUCUGGUUUUUAAAAUGUGAUUGCCACACAUAGAUGUUUUAUCUGCCUGCAAUUUUAUCUAUUUUAGUUUUAUGUUUUAUAUCUCAUUUUUCUAUCAUCUUGAUAACAACAUGACUCGCAAAAUUGUUCGUCAUCUGUACCUUCAAUGAAUACUUUUCUUAAAAAAAUCAUAUUAAACUUAUAAACUACAACUACAUCAACCAAAGCCGGAAAUUGCAGUAAGCAUAGCAUCAGUAAAAGUAUUCCGUCAUGUACUGAAGUAGGUUGCAAGAGGCUUGAUUCACAAAUUUUCGAUUUUUUUCUUAUCAGAAUAUAUUGAUCACUUGCCACGAAGGCCAUGCGCGAUUUAAGUCGUCAAUGUACAGAACAAGUGUUGAUUUAUUUUUUUAUUUUUAUUUAAUUAUUUGUUUCAGUGAUAUUUUAAUUACUACAGUGACAAGUUUGUAAUACAACCAUUAUAAUGAAUAAUAAUUGAAUCAUAAUGCCAGAGAUGAAGUGAAAAAAAACUUGCAUGUGUUAUUCAAAUUCAAUAUACGACAACUUUCAAGGAUGUAAGGAAGUGACAAACAAAAAAGAAAAUCGCGAACGAAGUUCCAGAAGAACGAAUUUGUAUCAUUCGAAAAAUUCCCGACGUAGAAAAUUAUUUUAUGUAAUUGAAUUAAUCGAGGAAGUAAGAGUGAGAGAAUGAGAGACUAGAUAAUUGCAAAAUGGAUGAAUCGAGUAUAAAUAUUGUGCAGUAUGGUGAAAAAAAUCGAGUACACUAGUUUUUCAGUAAAUAGUCACAUUUCACUCUGUACGCAGCACUCGUACACAAAUAAUUAUCACAUGUAUCCAUGUACAUCAUGUGUCUAUAAUGUAGAUUAACCGUCGUCCUAAUCGGCUUGGGCCGACAUAUUUAUCAAUUAUUAGCAUCAACUGCAGCCGUUUCAAUAAAACGUAUGCCUUGAUCAUCAA